GCGCGGUGCAUGUUUCGUACGUGUGCGUGAUGAUCGAUCAGAGACUGGAUGGUAAGCGGGGAAUGGAGAAGGAGGAAGACGACGAAGGGGAGGAGGAGGAGGAGGAGGAGGAGGAAGAGGAAGAGGAAGAGGAUGACGAGGAGGAGGCGGCGGCGGAAGACCGCAAUGGGGAGGAGGAGGAGGAGGCUGAUUGGGAGGAGGAGGAGGAAGACGACAAUGGGGACAAUGAGGAGGAAGAAGAUGGCUCUGGGGAGGCGGAGGAGGAAGAGGAUGACAAGGGAGAAGAGGACGAUGGGCAGGGGGAGCCUGGGAGGAGGAAGACGAAGGGUGACACUCCCCAGUGUCGUCUUCCUCCUCCUCCCCAUCGUCCUCCUCUCUCCCCUGCCACACGCACGUAUGGAAUACGUAAAUACUAUAUAGUAGUAUAUAGUAUAUAAUUACUAUUAUAUUGUAUAUAUUUAAAAAUAAAUAAAUACGUAUGCG